GAUUGAGUCUGAUCCUUUAGAUGGUACAAAAAUUUAAAAUUUUAUGGCAUUGUUGUAAAACUUUUGGCUUUGUGGUACGUUUGUAAAAGCUAUUAUUAGUGUGGCAAUUUUCUAAAAACAUUUAACUUUGUAGCUUUGUAAAUUCGAAAAUGUAACAUAAAUACUUCCGAGACGAGGCUUCGUACCCUCGGCAAAACCCUUGAUCAGACCACUCUCAGUCGUCUAGUACAACUCUUCUCCUCAGGCGACGGCGAUCUUCUGUGCUCCGGUAGCAACGCGGUAGGGCCUUCUUUUGGAUAUCUGGCUUCUUAUCUUAAAGUUUUAAGCUUUUAUUGGUACAGUGCACAUCUGAAAACUGAAGCUUUUUCUUCUGUCUCAUCAAGCAUCAUCUCCCAGUAUCAAUCAUGCAGCAGGCUGGUGGUGGCUCAGAAACUGAGGUGACAUGGGAGGAUCAGCAGAACAUUAACAAAUUUGGGAGAUUGAACAAUCGGUAUCAUGAACUUGAUGAUGAAAUAAGGAUUGCCAUGGAAGCAAAUGAGAAUUUUGAGGAUGCAAGCAACGAAUUGAUUCUAACGGAUGAGGAGGUGGUUCGUUUCCAAAUUGGUGAAGUGUUUGCUCAUGUUCCAAGAGAUGAAGUGGAAAUAAGAAUCGAACAGAUGAAAGAGACAACAACCAAACAUUUGGAGAAACUCAAGGAUGAGAAGGAAUCGGUAGUUGCACAAAUGGCGGAUUUGAAGAAGAUUUUGUAUGCUAAGUUUAAGGAGUCAAUCAACCUUGAGGAAGACUAGACUGGUUGGUGGCAUCUCAUUUUAUUAUUGUACCUUGUGCUAUGCAUGUUGUACUCUGCAUAUCGAGUACUGUCUACCCUUUUUUGGAAAAUUUCAAAACUCCAAUUCUGUUUUGUUGGUUUGUUACUUGCAUAAGAAUAUUUGAUACAGAUUUUGGAAACGUCAUAGAUGAUUUCAAGUAGGGGUGUGUAUUGAAAUAGCAACCUAUUUUUAUUUAUUUUCAACUAUUAUAGCAUCAUACUUUGAUUUAUUGCGAG